AUGGUCCUCUACGUCAUCGGUUCCUUCCUCCUCCUCUUCGGUGCCGAAAAAAACCUGAAGCGCCUCCACCUCCCCUGGCUGACCCUGCACCCUCUGGUGGCGGCGGCCCUCAUGGCCCUCAUGGGAUGCUUCGCCUUCCGUUCCUUCGGUCGCCGCGGUUACGUGCGGGACGACGCCUUCAUCGUCUUUGCGAUGUUCCUCGUAUUCUGGAUCCUGACCUACCUGUGGGUGGUGGUGGUUGGGAAUUACCAGAGCCUGGAGGCGGACGACGCGGAGGACACGACGCUCCUGCUCGACGGAUGGCCCGGCCUGCAGCAACCUGGAAGGCAUUCCCGGGGGACGAGAUCCCAAAGAACCAACGCUCCGUGGGCUCCACCUUCGCCGCCCUCUCCCGUUCCUUUCAGCCUCCCUGCAUGA